CUCUGUCUGACGUCAUCAGAAGGCGCCGCCUAGAUAUGCUAUGUGUUUAUUUAAUUAGGUAAUUUCUAAAGGUUCAUAUGGUACAUAGAGCGUAAUGGAAGUGAACAAGGAUGAAGCGGAAAGGUGUAUCGAUAUUGCAAUCAAAGCAAUAAAAAGUAACGAAGCUGACAAAGCGAAACGGUUUUUAGAAAAAGCACAGAGACUGUUUCCGACGGAAAAGGCACACGAGUUGUUGGAGACUCUGCAGCAGAAUGGGAAUGCGUCCACUCACAACAGUUCUGCAGGAGACAGCGAGAGUCCAGAGGAAAACGAGUCCAGUGCUAAUAACCACAGUGCUGCAGAGGAGAAGAUCUCCGAAUCAGCUAAAGCAUACACUACCGAGCAAGUAGAUUCUGUGAAAAGAAUAAAACAAUGUAAAAACUAUUAUGAGAUUCUCGGGGUGCAGAAAGAUGCAUCAGACGAUGACCUUAAGAAGGCGUAUAGGAAACUGGCGCUGAAGUUUCACCCCGAUAAGAACCAUGCACCUGGUGCUACAGAAGCUUUUAAAGCUAUUGGGAACGCGUACGCCGUGUUGUCCAACCCGGAGAAGAGGCGUAACUAUGACCAGUAUGGGGAGGUGAGAAGCUGUGCUGGCAGGCGAAGGCACUCGGAGCGAGACUUCCAGCCUGAUAUCUCCCCAGAGGAUCUGUUUAACAUGUUCUUCGGUGGAGGAUUUCCCUCUAGUAACGUUCACAUGUACAGCAACGGGCGAAUGCACUUCAGCCAACAGCGUGGUGCAAGAAGGGAAGAAAGAGGUGGUGGCUUGGCUUUCUUCGUCCAGCUCAUGCCCAUCCUCAUCCUUGUUAUUGUGUCCACUCUUAGCCAGAUGAUGGUGGCUGAUCCUCCUUACAGCCUCAAUUACAGACCUUCUGUAGGUCACACACAGAAGCGGCUGACCGAGACCCUGCGUGUGCCGUACUACGUGAGUGAGCGCUUCAGUCAGGAGUACAGUGGCAUGAAUCUGAGACAGGUGGAGCGCAGCGUAGAGGACGACUACAUCUCCACCCUCCGCAACAACUGCUGGAAGGAGAAACAACACAAGGAGGGUUUGCUGUACCGUGCACGCUAUUUUGGUGACAGUGACUUAUAUCAGAGAGCUCAGAGAAUGGGCACGCCCAGCUGCUCCAGACUGGCCGAAGUUCAGACUUAUGUCCACUGACAAACCAACAUGACAUGGCAGGUCUAGAAUUGAAUCUUCCUAGUAAAAUGGUGGCAAACUGGUGACAUUCAGCCAAAGGAGAGAGACUUCGAAGUGUGUGUGUGUGUGUGUGAGCGAGAGAGAGCGAGACAGAGAGAUAUCUAUGUUAGAGAAGGAUUAUCUUGUACGGGUUUGUAAAGGAAAGGAUCGUCUCCAGCCUUUUACAGACCUGAGCUACACCUCAGUUAAGAAACGAUCCAAUAUUUUUAUCAAUCUGAAAUGCAUUUAAUUCCCUUCAGGCUCUAAGAACUUAUACAUAUCUUUAAUUGGUUCCAUAUAGACCAUGAUCUAGUCACUUUGUAUUAAUUUAUUAAUUUAUAUAAUUGUACAUUUGAGAUUUAGCUAUGCAGGAUUUUAUUGAUUAGGUCAACAUGUGAAAUAAGCAUUAAUAAGCACUCCAUACUUUUAACCUUUUAUCUUCGCCACUAGACUUUUACACUGCUCUGUGUAUUUAUUCAAGGAUCAGGACUUGUUUUUUUUAGUUAUGACAUUAGAUACGUUUUAAAAUUUUGCAAUGCUGACUAAAAUUCUGUAGAGAUGCUUCUCUUCAGGAUGAUAAGAGAACAAUAAAGUCCUAUGUGCCACUCUUCAACCUUA